AUGUCUUGGGUCUGCGCUGAGAAAGAAUUUGCCACCUGGACUGUCAGGUCAGGGUCCAGAACGGCGCAACACAAGCGGACUUUCCAGGGGCUGCCGCCUCGAAGCCUCGUCCAACAUACACCUCAACAACGUACUCUACGUCGUCUGCGGUCCAAAACGCACCGCAUCGCAGGUAAGUUGAUAGGUUCUUCGUACGGGGCCGCGAUUCUAACGGCAUCCAGAACCACCUCGAUACUCCGACCCAAGAUCGCGACACCACAAAAGCUCAAGAAGACAAGAAAGCCCCGUCGUGUACCAUCUCCCGCCAUGAACGCUCAACCAGGUCCCACCGCGGCGGCACGCGUCUUCGACACACCAGAGCUUGCCGAGAUGAUCUUCCUCCAUCUUCCGCUCAAGAAUCUCUGCGUCGCGAUGCAAAUCAACAAGAAAUCAUACCAGAUCAUCAACAACCCCAGUUCGAAGGAGAUGCGACAGAAUCGCUACCUGGACGCCGUCCCAAACGACACCACCACCUUCCUCGACCCUAACACUGAGAAAGUCUUCAAGCCUACCUGCAAAGAUUGGAUUGCGUUUCAUCCUUUUCUCGAGCGUCUCUUCCACAGAAGCAGCGUCAGUAUUCGAGAACUCGCCGAGACUUUCGUUCCAGAAUCGGUUCAAGAGCAGCUUAUCGUUCAGCCUUACCAACGUAACAUGUACUUCUACUCCUACGAUCCCCGUGAUUACUGGCCUGGCCGCGGAUCAUGGUGCACUAUGGCUCAGGGUAAGAGUGGCGGGAAGAUCAAGACGCUUGUGAAGCACGCGAAGAAGCACGUCGAGAUGCGAGGUGAUGCAGCUGAUAAUCUGGUGAUGCUGCACUUUGAUCCGCCAUGGCUCGGGGUCGCUGGAGGAUUGAAUCGCUGGGCAUAUGAUCGAGAAAUCUCCUGA